CGUCCCUCUGUUUUUUUCCUGACAUCUGUGGUUGUUGCACAAGCUAGCGACAGCAGCGGCAUAAUAGUCAAGAUGGCAGCACUUUUCAAAGCAAGGAAAGCGUUAGGCCUGGCGGUGGGCUGCAGUAAGCGCUGCUUGACCCAGCUAGCUGAGCUACCAGAGAUGCACCAGAUGAUGCGGCAGACGUGCCGGGACUACGCAGACCGAGAGCUGACACCCAUCGCUGGAAAACUGGACAAGGAGCAUGUCUAUCCAGCCAAACAGAUCCGUGAGCUGGGUGAGAUGGGUGUGAUGGCAGUGGAGGUGCCGGAGGAGCUGGGAGGAGCAGGGCUGGACUACCUGGCCUACGCCCUGGCCAUGGAGGAGAUCAGCAGGGGAUGCGCCUCCACAGGGGUGGUCGUCAGCGUCAACAACUCUCUGUAUAUCGGCCCCAUCCUGAAGUAUGGCAACGAGGAGCAGAAGAAGGCAUGGAUCACCCCCUUCACCACGGGAGAGAAGGUGGGCUGCUUCGCCCUCAGCGAACCCGGUAAUGGCAGUGACGCGGGAGCUGCGUCCACCACGGCGCGUCUGGAGGGUGACGAGUGGGUGCUGAACGGCACCAAGGCCUGGAUCACCAACAGCUGGGACGCCUCCGCCACCGUCGUCUUCGCCACCACAGACAAAAAACUCAAGCACAAGGGCAUCAGUGCGUUCCUGGUCCCCAUGCCCCAUCCGGGCCUCUCGCUGGGCAAGAAGGAGGACAAGCUGGGUAUCCGCGCCUCCUCCACGGCCAACCUCAUCCUGGAGGACUGCCGCAUCCCCGCUGCCAACCUGCUGGGGAACCGGGGCAUGGGCUUCAAGAUCGCCAUGCAAACUCUGGAUAGUGGUCGUAUUGGGAUUGCUUCUCAGGCUCUGGGUAUCGCUCAGGCUGCACUGGACUGUGCUGCCGACUACGCACACAAGAGGCUGGCAUUUGGGGCUCCCAUCGGGAAGAUGCAGGCCAUCCAGUUUAAGCUGGCAGACAUGGCGGUGGCUCUAGAGAGUGCCCGGCUCCUGACGUGGAAGGCUGCUCUCCUGAAGGAUGCCCACAAGCCAUUCUCCAAGGAAGCUGCCAUGGCCAAACUCGCUGCUUCAGAAGCUGCCACCUUCAUAUCUCAUCAGUCCAUCCAGGUGCUGGGGGGGAUGGGCUACGUGACGGACAUGCCGGCCGAGAGGCACUACCGCGACGCCCGCAUCACAGAGAUCUACGAGGGCACCAGCGAGAUCCAGAGACUCGUCAUCGCCAACCAGAUCCUCAAGGAGUACCAGCCAUAGACCAGGACAACACACCAGGGGCCUGUACUCAGACGCUGGUUCAGGAGUAAACCAGGUUAACUUAAGAGGUAAAUCAUCUAAUAGAAGAGCCUGGAGUCCUGGAGUUCUUAACAAAAUGAGGGAUCUAAGCUCUUCUAUGAGAUGAUUUACCUCUUAACUUAACCAGGUUUACUCCUGAUCCAGCUUCUUAGUAUACCCCUCUGGAAAAAAACACCCAGAAAGCAUUAGCACACUUCCUGAACUAACCCAGAUGGACUUCUGAUACGUGUGACUGUGCGGCCUGGUUGUCUUUGGCUUUCCAAGGUACAACUCGGGUGACCUGACUGUGGCUGAUGGCUGCUUCCAUGAACUUUUGCUGCCAACCGCCCCCAGUUGCCCCAUGGGACAGCAGAAUGUUGAAUCAAAGUGUUCCUGUUUAGAACGACGGCGUAAAAUUUUAGAAUAGCAGUCUGUAAAUCAUUUAUUAACGCAUAGUAAAUAAUGAGCUAAUUAAAAAAAAAAAAAAAAAACAUUUUACAAACACUUGUGAAUGAGGAAGGAAUACUAUGUUAACACAACAGACACAGUACAGCGAAGCAGGCCUGGAGGUUUUGCCUCCCAAGUCCAAAAGGGAUGAAAUCACAGGAUGUAAAUGGCAAACUCGUCCAGCAGGAGUCUAUUCUUGCUCCACUGUGCGGCUGUGUUUUUUUUUGUCUUUUGUUUUGUUUUUUGUUUUUGUUUUUUUGGUGUACACUUCUACUGAUAUUAUCAUAAUAUUCCUUACUCAUUUACAUAUAUUUAUAUAUCUUUUCUCAAAUUAGUUCAUCAUUUAACAAGUCCUAGUAAAUGAUUUACUAAGUGUGAAUAAAGCUUUCAACAAAAAGACUGUUAUUCUAAAGUGUUGCCACAGCAACGCUCCCAGGAGUUCUGACUCUGGAACUACUGUAUCUCAGAUGGUUAAUUGUGCAGCUGCAGUUCCUGUGGCGUCCACAAGAGAGCAGCACCACUCUCCCUUGAUACCCGUUGCCUUGAUCUCCUGUGCCUCGGACUUCACUACAAAUCCAAAUGCUCAUUUGCCUUUUUUGGAAUUGCAAACACACAGCCUAUCGUCUUUCUGCUGCUUUUUUGGGACUUAAUAUAUUCGUUUGUACAUAAAUAGGUUUAUGUAUGUUGUUUUUUAAAUAAAUCGCCAUAUGAUGAUUUGA